AUGUACGGGGCCAAUAUGAAUAUUAAUAGGCGGGUUCCCAUUGACCACUUGCCAAAUCACGACUUGCAAAAGAAAGGAGCUGAAAGAGCGCAUAGAAAUGCAAAGAGUCAAAGAGAUUAUAUAAGAAUUCUCAGAAGAAAUGAAGCUGAAUACCAAGUCAAGCAGCUGGCUGCAGGAAUAGAAAGACCAGAGCCUGAGUGGGAAGCAGAAAUGAGGCAAAAUCCUGAAGAAGAGCUUUAUUAUAAUGGAGAAGACCCAGAGAGCGUAUAUGAAAAUGUUAUGAUGCAAUGCCCUACAUUGAUUUGUACUGGAAAGAUAAUGCAUCAUAUCAUUGAAAACGGACUUCACCAAUAUUAUUGCACGGAAACAAACUGCCAGGUAAAUUUAGUCACAAAUAUUUAUUACCAAACAGAAGACUUCUGCUCAAGCAUUGGAGAAUCUGUAAGGCAGCACUAUUCUACUGGAUGCAAGUUUAUGCCGCAAAUUUCCUUUGCAAAUCAGGAAAUGAUAAGAGGAGUCCUUGUAGGUUGCAGCUGCGGCUACUGGAAAUUCGCAAUAUAA